AUGAGUAGGAUAUUCAGAAGGGUCCAAGAGAUCCAACACUCGCUCUCCGAUGAUGUACUCAUGCCCCUCAAGAGUUACAAGUACCAAAGCGUGGACAAGUCGUUCAUUUCUAGGUAUAUAUUAAAACAUUAUUGGAAUGCGGCCGUCGAAGUUCUACCGCUCUGGAUGGCUCCUAAUAUGGUGACCCUUUUGGGGUUCUUGUUUAUCGUGGGCAAUGUGAUGCUCAUUGAAAUAUAUGUGCCGGAUCUGAUUGGGCCGGGUCCCUCUUGGCUAUAUUACAGUUUUGCUUUUGGCAUGUGGAUGUAUUCUACACUGGACAACGUUGAUGGCAAACAAGCACGGAGAACGGGGACUUCCAGCGGUCUUGGGGAGCUUUUUGACCAUGGAAUUGAUUCCUUGAACUGCACACUUGCUAGCCUGCUGGAAACUGCCGCCAUGGGUUUGGGUUCCUCUCAGCUUGGCGCAUACACGGCUCUUGUGCCCUGUCUUGCAAUGUACUUUUCCACCUGGGAGACCUACCACACACAUACCCUUUAUCUUGGGUACUUCAACGGUCCUACGGAAGGCCUUCUGAUUGCCAUUGCGCUAAUGAUCGCGUCUGGGUAUUAUGGACCUCAGAUUUGGUCUCAGCCUAUAACGGACCUUGUCAAUUGCCCUCAAAUAUUUGGAAAUAACUCUGUGAAGGAUAUCUGGAUCCCGCUUCUCCUUCUGUCCUUCUUUGUUGGACAUCUACCAGGCUGCAUUUACAACGUCAUCGCCUCUCGGAGACAGCAGAAUCUUCCAGUGGCCCCAAUUUUCAAGGAGUGGAUUCCAAUGAUCGUAUUCACCAGUUGCAAUCUGGCCUGGCUGCUCUCACCCUACUCUGUCGUAUUGGCCGAUAACCGACUGGUUCUGUACUGCUGGACGAUCUCGUUCGUUUUCGGACGGAUGACCACCAAGAUCAUCAUCGCUCAUCUGUUAAGACAGCCGUUCCCCCACUGGACUGUUCUGCAAAUUCCAUUGGUCGGCGGUGCUGUACUGGUCAAUCUACCCCGGUUCGGCUUCCCCGUAGUUAGCGGAUGGCUGGAGAUCUUAUACCUGCGACUUUAUCUUUUGUUUGCAUUCGUCGUAUACAUGCAUUGGGCAUUCUUAGUGAUCAAUAGGAUCACGACAUUCUUGGGUAUCAACUGCCUAACAAUUCGAAAAGACAACUCGAUAGCCAGAGACAGAGCAUAUCGUGAAUUUGGAGAGGCCAAUGAUGAGGAUUCGAAUGGCAAUAUUGAUCCUAGCAAAGGGGGUCUCAAGAGCCAUUAA